AUGCAGAGGCUCACAAUGAUUUAUGUCGUAAAUAUAAUAUUGUUGAAUGGUGAUCGUGUACUUACAAGUGACGUAGAAACACCGAAAAAUAUCCUGUUUAUUUUGAUUGACGAUUUGCGCCAUCGCUCGGACAAAAAAGUUUAUUUGCCUAACAUCAACUUCUUAGGAAAAACUGGUGCUACCUUUAAUAAUGCGUUCGCUCAACAAGCCUUAUGUGCGCCCAGUCGUAAUUCCCUUCUAACAGGUCGUAGGCCCGACUCGCUUCGCUUGUACGACUUCUACAGCUACUGGCGCGAUCGCAGUAACGGACAAGGGAAUUUCACAACCAUACCACAGUUCUUCAAAGAGCAUGGAUACGAUACUUACUCCGUGGGAAAAGUGUUCCAUCCUGGAAAAAGUUCGAACUUCACAGACGAUUACCCGUACAGCUGGUCGGAGUAUCCGUAUCAUCCCCCGACAGAAAUGUACAAAGACGCUAAAGUGUGUCGAAAUAAAAAAACGAAAAAACUAGAGAGAAAUCUAAUUUGUCCAGUUUCUGUUAAAAGACAACCAGGACAAUCUCUACCAGACUUGCAGUCGUUGGAUUACGCUAUUGAUUUCCUGAAAAAGAGAAACGGGAGUAAGCCGUUUUUCUUAGCAAUCGGAUUUCACAAGCCGCAUAUACCAUUGAAGUUUCCAAAGGAAUAUUUAAAACAAAUGCCAAUUAGCAAAGUGCAUAGACCUAAAGAACCGAACAUUCCCAAGGACAUGCCUUUGGUGUCUUGGCACCCGUGGACGGACGUACGGAAACGCGAUGACAUUCGCCGCUUAAACAUCACAUUUCCUUUCGGCGUGAUGCCCACUAAAUGGACGUUGAAGAUACGGCAGAGUUACUACGCGGCGGCUAUGUACAUUGACGAAUUGAUUGGGACCCUGUUAAGCUAUGUGGACAUGCAGAAAACUAUAAUUGUACUGACAAGUGAUCAUGGUUGGUCACUCGGCGAAAACGGACUUUGGGCAAAAUACAGUAACUUCGAUUACGCUCUUAAAGUUCCAUUAAUAUUCAAAUAUCCCAAGCUGAUUCCAACUGUUGUCCAUGAACCGGUCGAAUUAAUAGACAUUUUCCCGACCCUGGUUGAUCUUACCAAAUUAUCUGACGAAAUACCCAAAUGUCUGAACCAUAAAGACACGUCACAGCUUUGUUUCGAAGGAAAAAGUUUAGUUCCUUUCAUUGAAAAUAAUAUUAAUGGACUUGAAACUUUUGCAAUAAGUCAGUACCCGCGACCGAGUGUGUAUCCGCAGAAAAAUUCGGACAAACCACGUUUGAAGGACAUCACUAUUAUGGGUUACAGCAUCAGAACGAAAAGAUACAGAUACACAGAAUGGAUAUCGUUUAAUAACACGCUCUUUACAAAAAAUUGGAACAAUAAUUAUGGCAUAGAACUGUACGAUCACAUUAUUGAUCCAAUCGAAUCUAAAAACUUAUUUUUGGUCUCAAAAUACAAAAAUAUUGCAAAGGUCUUAUCUAUACGAUUAAGAUCUAGUGUUGAUGUCAUUGUUUAAAUUAUAUUAUAUGAAUAAUACUUUUUAAGUUGCUAAUACAUAUAUUUUAAAUAAUCCCGAUUAAUAUAAAAACGCUCAUUAACAAAUUUUCCCUAGUAAAAAUCUGAUACCUAGUAUCGACUGAAGCGAACAGAAAAAAUAUUAUCCUCUCAAUAAUACAAACAAUCGCUAAAACAGUUUUUUCAUAAAUAUUAUACCAUUAUGUAUAUAUUUAACCAGAUGACUAGAUAAAUACUCUUUUUUUAAAAGGUAAUUACCCAAUUUCUGUUCAAUUAAAAAUGUAGAUAUUUUCUGGACAACAUUCUAGUAUUUAAAUUCUGAAAUGGUCACACAUAAAAAACAUUACAUAAUAUUCAAAUUACCUAACUUAAAGAAUAUAAUUAUUAUUAAAAUUCAAAAGAUUCAGGCUAAAUCGAAUAAGGAACCGUAUUUUUAAAUGAAAAUAAUUUCAUCGAACAUCUAAUAAAUUCUCUUUGGUCUGUGUAUUCAUUUCACUGUUUUUAAGCAGGUUUGAAGAAACAAAUCUAUAGACCAGUGAUUCUCAACCACUGUGCCGCGACACUUUUGUGUACCGCCAAAUUUCAAAAGUGUGCCGCCAAAUUUUGCAAAUAAGUAAUAAUGUUA